AUGUCUGCAGCGCAGCUCCUGAAUCCAAAGGCGGAGUCACGGAGACGAGGUGAAGCUUUGAAAGUCAACAUUUCUGCUGGAGAAGGCCUGCAAGAUGUCCUCAAAUCCAACCUCGGUCCGACGGGGACCAUAAAAAUGCUGGUUGACGGAGCUGGAGCAAUCAAAUUGACAAAGGAUGGAAACGUACUGCUAAGAGAAAUGCAAAUACAAAAUCCUACCGCAGUUAUGAUAGCAAGAGCGGCUACUGCUCAGGAUGACAUUACAGGAGACGGCACAACCUCGGUGGUUCUGAUGGUAGGAGAGCUACUCAAGCAGGCAGACAGGCAUAUAUCUGAAGGUCUGCAUCCCCGGAUUAUCACAGACGGCUACGAGAUUGCGAAAACAGAGACUUUGAAGUUCCUCGACACCUUCAAAUUGCAGAAAGAGGUUGAUCGAGAGCUUCUUCUCUCCGUUGCCCGCACCUCACUCGCCACCAAGCUGAAUGGUACACUGGCCGAAAAGCUUACUCCGGCCAUUGUAGACGCAGUUUUGUCUAUAUACCAUCCUCCUGCAAAACCAGAUCUGUUCAUGAUUGAGAUAAUGAAGAUGCAGCAUCGGACAGCUUCAGAUACAUCCCUCAUCCGUGGGCUUGCACUAGACCACGGAGCACGACACCCAGACAUGCCCAAGCGCGUGGAAAAUGCGUUUAUCCUGACACUGAACGUCAGCUUAGAGUACGAGAAGUCAGAAGUAAAUUCAGGCUUCUACUAUUCGAGCGCAGACCAACGCGAGAAGCUCGUGGAGAGCGAAAGGAGAUUCGUAGACGAUAAACUUAGAAAAAUCGUUGAACUCAAGAAGGAAGUUUGUGGCAAUGACCCAAAAAAGGGAUUUGUUAUCAUCAACCAGAAGGGGAUUGAUCCAUUAAGUCUCGAUGUCCUGGUUAAGAACGGCAUCUUCGCACUUCGGAGAGCGAAGAGGAGGAAUAUGGAGAGGUUGCAGCUUGUUUGUGGCGGUACAGCUCAAAACAGUGUAGAUGACCUGACCCCGGACGUCCUUGGAUGGGCUGGACUUGUGUAUGAACAUCAGCUUGGGGAAGAGAAGUACACAUUUGUCGAGGAUGUAAAAGACCCAAAAUCGGUUACGCUCCUCAUCAAAGGUCCCAACACACAUACCAUUAUGCAAAUUACAGAUGCAGUCCGAGACGGACUGCGAAGCGUUUACAACAUGAUUGUCGACAAGAGCGUUGUGCCAGGUGCAGGAGCCUUUCAAAUAGCGUGCGCUGCACACCUCUCAAGCGAAGCUUUCAGGAGGCAGGUAAGAGGAAAGGCGAAGUAUGGAGUCUCAGCAUUCGCAGACGCUCUUUUGGUAAUACCAAAGACUCUUGCCGCAAAUUCCGGUCAUGACAUCCAAGAUUGUCUGGCUGCACUGCAGGACGAGCAAGUGGAGGGCAACAUCGUUGGCCUGAACUUAGUGACGGGCGAGCCAAUGGAUCCAAUUCAAGAAGGGGUAUACGAUUCGUUCCGUGUUUUGAGGAACUGUAUUGCAUCGAGUUCCGGCAUAGCUUCCAACCUCCUACUGUGUGAUGAGCUACUGAAAGCAAGGCAGAUGGGGCGUCAACAAGGUCCUGGGCCCGGAGAAGGCGAGGGCUAG